AUGGUGGAGGCGGCGCCCCCCGGGCCCGGGCCGCUGCGGAGGACCUUCCUUGUACCCGAGAUCAAAUCGCUGGACCAGUACGAUUUCUCGCGGGCCAAGGCGGCGGCCAGCCUGGCGUGGGUGCUGCGGGCCGCGUUCGGGGGCGCAGAGCAUGUGCCCUCGGAGCUGUGGGAGCCCUUCUACACCGACCAGUAUGCGCAGGAGCACGUGAAGCCCCCGGUGACGCGGCUGCUGCUCUCGGCUGAGCUCUACUGCCGGGCCUGGCGCCAGGCGCUGCCACAGCUCGAGACGCCCCCCAACCCCUCUGCGCUACUGGCCCUGCUGGCGCGGAAGGGCAUGGUGCCCGCGCUGCCCGAGCGCCCGGUGCAGGAGGCCGACCUGAGGCACCAGCCUAUCCUCAUGGGAGCCCACCUAGCUGUCAUUGAUGCCCUCAUGGUUGCCUUCGCCUUUGAGUGGACAAAGACACUGCCUGGUCCCUUGGCCCUGGCCAGCUUGGAGCACAAGCUUCUUUUCUGGGUGGACACGACCAUCCGGCGGCUGCAGGAGAAGACGGAGCAGGAAGCUGCCCAGAGAGCAUCUCCCGCGGCCCCUGCCGAUGGGGUGGCCCCAGCGCAGGCUUCGUGUCCCACACGCUGGUACUGGAAGCUGGUUCCUCACGCAAUUGCCUUCUGUUUGAAGGAGUCGGGGAGCAAACCCCCCAUGAUCCGAUAUCGCAAGGACCGCGCCGUGGCCCGACGUGCCCCCUGCUUUCCGACCGUGACCAGCCUCCAGGACCUGGCAAGUGGGGCUGCGCUGGCCGCCACGAUCCACUGCUAUUGUCCCCAGCUCUUGCGACUCGAGGAGGUGUGCCUCAAGGACCCCAUGUCUGUGGCGGACAGCCUGUACAACCUUCAGCUGGUGCAGGAUUUCUGCGCCUCCCGCCUUCCUCGGGGCUGCCCGCUCUCUCUUGAGGACCUGCUUUAUGUCCCACCGCCCCUCAAGAUCAACCUGAUGGUGCUGCUAGCGGAGUUGUUCAUGUGCUUUGAGGUGCUGAAACCCGACUUCGUGCAGGUCAAGGAUCUGCCUGAUGGUCACGCCGCCUCCCACAGGGCCACGGAGGCCUCCCCAUCUCAGAACAACAGCGGCAGCAGUUCUCCUGUCUUCAACUUCCGCCAUCCACUCCUGUCACCCGGCGGCCCCCAGUCCCCACUCCGAGGAUCCACAGGCUCACUGAAGUCCUCCCCAUCCAUGUCCCACGUGGAGGCCCUCGGCAAAGCCUGGAACCGUCAGCUCAGCCGUCCCCUUUCCCAGGCCGUGUCGUUCAGCACUCCCUUUGGCCUGGACAGCGAUGUGGAUGUUGUCAUGGGAGACCCCGUCCUACUCCGCUCCGUCAGCUCAGACAGCCUGGGUCCCCCGCGCUCUGUGCCAGCCCGGACCCCCACCCAACCAGCCCCGGAGACUGGCGACCUGCCUACCAUCGAGGAGGCCCUGCAGAUCAUCCACAGUGCCGAGCCCCGGCUGCUCCCGGAUGGGGCUGCCGACGGCAGCUUCUACCUCCACUCUCCCGAGGGGUCCUCCAAACUGCCACUGGCUUCCCCCUACCCACCCGAGGGGGCCUCAAAACCACUGCCCGACGGGCCCACCAAAGCACCCACCUACUCGCCCCUCCCCGAGGGCCUCUCAAAACCGUGUCCCUGCCCAGCGGGGGAGGUAUCGAAACCGCCAGCCCUGUCUGAGGGCUCCCCGAAGGCGGCGGCUUCGUCCCCAGUGGCCAACAACUCUGAAGUGAAGAUGACCAGCUUUGCUGAACGCAAGAAGCAGCUGGUGAAGGCCGAGGCUGAGGCAGGGUCCCCGGCAGCCACCCCAGUGGUACCAGAGGCCCUGAGCUCAGAGAUGAGUGAGCUUGGAGCCCGACUAGAGGAGAAACGCCGGGCCAUAGAGGCUCAGAAGCGACGUAUCGAGGCCAUCUUUGCCAAGCACCGCCAGCGACUGGGCAAGAGCGCAUUCCUGCAGGUGCAGCCGCGGGAGGCCGGCGGGGAAGCAGAGGUGGAGGCAGGCCUGGCCCCUGGUGGGGAGCGGCCGGCAGGCGAGGGCCAGGGUGAGCCAUCGCCACGGCCGAAGGCAGUGACCUUCUCGCCGGAACUGGGCCCGGUGCCCCCCGAAGGGCUGGGGGACUAUAACCGGGCGGUCAGCAAGCUGAGUGCAGCGCUGAACUCGCUGCAACGGGACAUGCAGAGGCUCACGGACCAGCAGCAGCGGCUCCUGGCCCCGCCAGAGCCCUCCGGGCCUGCCCCGCCUCCCGCAGCGUGGGUCAUCCCUGGUCCCACGACGGGCCCCAAAGCCGCGUCCCCCAGCCCCGCCCGGCGCGCUCCAGCUGCCCGGCGCAGCCCCGGGCCUGGCCCCAGCCCCACACCCCGGAGCCCGAAGCACGCGCGGCCGGCGGAGCUGCGGCUAGCGCCCCUGACGAGGGUGCUCACGCCUCCCCACGAUGUGGACAGCCUCCCCCACCUGCGCAAGUUCUCGCCGAGCCAGGUGCCCAUGCAGACGCGCUCCUCUAUCCUUCUGGCGGAGAGGCCGUCUCCCGAGGAGCCCGCGGCCCGGCCUGGCCUCGUUGAGAUCCCGCUGAGCAGCCUGGAAGAGCCCAUGGCUGAGGAUGAGGGAGAUGGGAGCCCCCCUGGUGCUGAGGAUUCCUUAGAAGAUGAGGCAUCUUCAGAGGGAGAGCCCCGGACCGGGCUGGGAUUCUUCUAUAAGGAUGAAGACAAGCACGAGGACGAGAUGGCCCAGAAGAGGGCCAGCCUGCUGGAGCGUCAGCAGCGGCGGGUAGAGGACGCACGGCGGCGGAAACAGUGGCAGGAGGCCGAGAAGGAGCAGCGGCGGGAGGAGGCUGCGAGGCUGGCCCAGGAGGAAGCAGCCCCCGGGCCGCUGGCCCCCGCAACUCCUGCGGCCCCUGCCUCAACCGCAGCCCCUGCCGCCCGGGCCCCAGCCGAGGAAGAGGUGGGCCCCCGGCGGGGGGACUUCACGCGGCUCGAGUAUGAACGCCGGGCCCAGCUGAAGCUGAUGGAUGACCUCGACAAGGUGCUGCGGCCCCGGGCGACGGGGAGCGGGGGGCCAGGCCGGGGCGGUCGGAGGGCCCCCCGGCCACGCUCUGGUUGCUGUGAUGACUCGGCCCUGGCGCGGAGCCCAGCCCGCGGCCUGCUGGGCUCUCGGCUCAGCAAAGUCUACUCCCAGUCCACCCUGUCUCUGUCCACCGUGGCCAACGAGGCCCCCAAUAACCUCGGCGUGAAGAGGCCCACGUCUCGGGCUCCAUCUCCAUCCAGCCUCAUGUCCCCAAGCCGCCUGCCUGGCAGCCGAGAACGUGAGUGGGAGAACGGCAGCAACGCCUCCUCCCCGGCCUCAGUGCCCGAGUACACGGGCCCGCGGCUGUACAAGGAGCCGAGCGCCAAGUCCAACAAGUUCAUCAUCCACAACGCCCUGUCACACUGCUGCCUGGCGGGCAAGGUGAACGAGCCGCAGAAGAACCGCAUUAUUGAGGAGAUCGAGAAGAGCAAGGCCAACCACUUCCUGAUCCUCUUCCGCGACUCAAGCUGCCAGUUCCGGGCCCUGUACACGCUGUCCGGGGAGACGGAGGAGCUGUCGCGGCUGACAGGCUACGGCCCCCGGACGGUGACGCCCGCCAUGGUGGAGGGCAUCUACAAGUACAACUCGGACCGAAAGCGCUUCACCCAGAUCCCCGCCAAGACCAUGUCCAUGAGUGUGGAUGCCUUCACCAUCCAGGGGCACCUCUGGCAGAGCAAGAAGCCCACCACUCCCAAGAAGGGCAGCAGCACCCCCAAAUAG